UCCCGAAGGACUGUCCCCGCCAAACCCUAACUGCAGGCCCCUCCCUGGCCCCUGGCACACCCCUUCCACAUCCUGGGGCUGUGGCUCUGCAACCUCCGGGACCUCCUGGAAGUGGAAUCCUGCCGUAUCUGUCCUUUUAUGUCCAGCUCUUGUCACUGAGCCCAGUGUCCUCCACCCCAUGGCAGAUGUCCGAUGCUUCUUUCCUUGUUAUAGCUGGAUACUAUCGAUGCUAUUCUGUUGGGUGGGUGGACAGGCCACACUGUUUGUCCAUUCAUCCGUGGAUGCACACGGGGUUGCUUCGGCUCGGCUCUGUGGGUCCUACUGCUGUGGACGUGGGGCUCAGGCACAUGGGUCCUCUCACCGUCUGCUGAGAGCUGCUCCCCGCACCCCCAAGCACCCUGUCCCUGUGCCCUCCCCGUGGAACAGCCUCCCCACUUCUUUCCCUGUCUGGUUCCCUGGAGCCCAGGUCAGUGUCACCUAGAUACCUCUCCCCCCCCCACCCCGCCGCCAUGCCUCUCCUCUGCCACAGCUCAAAUCCGCCAGUCCCAGCCAGUGGAGCCUUUGCUGGUGUGGUUCCGGGGGCCGGAAUGACCUCCGACUGCACCCAUGAGACUCCACGGACAGGGAGCACUGGAGGGAGCACUGUCCUGUGUCCCGACACAAGGGCUGCCCUCUCCCCGGCCGCAUCCCCUUCCUGAUUGGGCUUCCCCAGGACUUCAUCAUCCAUCAGACUAAAUGAUUUAUUCCUAUUGUUUUUGUCUUUCCUCUGGGGUUGGUUUCAGUUCACUCCCUGCUGUGUCCUGGGCUGGUGCAGCGGUGCCCAGCGGGCUCUGGUGGUUGUGGGUUGGGGGUGAGUGUGUGGCCCGAUGCAGAUGUCUGCCCUGCCGGGGAUGGCAUUAGUAGGCGCUCCUCUGCCUGGAGCGUGGUGGGACUAGCUCCGCAGUCCCCUGCGUCCUGCAUACCUCUGGCCUCAUCCUUGGCCCUGAGAGGGCACCCCAGAUAGACGGCUACAGGUAGGUGGCAGGGUGGGUGCCCAGGUGACGAGGGGCCCAGCCAGCACACCUGGCGUCCCUCCAGCAUACAGUAGGCAUGCCGUGGGUCUUUGGUUGACCAUUGAAUCAUGCCAGGUUUCCCACUGUGGGAACUGGGGCCUUGCUUAGGACCCGUGCCAGAGUUCACUGGCUUUUCAGGACUUCUGUGGCACCUGCCAGGUCCCUCUGCUUGAGGCCCUCAGCCAGGCUACCCUGUCUUGGGGACAGUGACCUCUCAGACACAUGCCUGCCCCUUGGGUCACCUGGGCAGUCACCCAGGUGUCAGGAAAGGCUGUUAUACAGAGGACGCUGGGGAGGCAGCAGUCUGGAGUGGUUCAGCCCAGCAGAAUAUUCCAGAAUCCCCUCUGCCCUCGUCCCUGACUCACCAUCGUCGUGUGGUCCACCUCCCAGCGCAGGGAAGAUGCGGGCUGCCUGAAGACAGGACCUGUGUCUUACCCACCACUGUUUCCCAGUGCCCAGCACAGGGCCUGGCCUACGGCAGUUGCCCAGUAAAUGCUUAUCAAAUGAGCCUGGGAGGCCAGCCACCUUAGUAGCAGGAAGGGAGUGGGUUGGGGGAGCUUGAGGCUAGGCAUGGAGUACAGGGGUGACCCAGGAUCGGAGGCAGGUGAGGGAGAGCACCUGCAGAAUCAGCCCCUCACCUUGGCGACUGGGCGAGGUGCUCUCGGGCAGCCCCCUCCUCUCAGUCCUGGGAAGAGUGUAUUAGGUGGGGGCUGUUCGUGGAGGGCGGGCUCGCCCUGAUGUGGAGGGGUGAUUCUGGCUGCAGUUUAACCCCCAGUUUUCUCCUGCCCUUCCCACCGAAGCGGGAGUGGGGGAGGGGGGUCAGUAACACACACCGAUGGUCCUUUGGUACUGACACCCCCCGUCUCCAGGGGAGGUGACCAGUUGCUGACACCUGCCACCGCCAGACCCUUCCAUCCUGGGUGGGGAGGCAGCGCUGGAGUCGGCCCCCCACACAGGCUGUGAGAGCGGAGCAUGUUGGCCAAGCUGGGGAGUGCCAGAGGGGCUGAGGGGGUGUGCCCAGUGGGGUGCACUGAGGCGCGGCCUGGAGGGCCCCCAGCUCCUCCCAGCCCAGACUCCCUCUCUCCUGCAAGGACCCUCCUGCCUGAGUCUCUGCACGGCCCACUCCCAAUUGCCCUCUGGGCCUCUGUUUCGAGGCCCUCCUUUUCUGGGCGGCCUUUGCUGGCCGCCGUCAGAGUCCGGCGCCUCCUUGGGCCCCUGAGACUCCCAGCACCCCCACACCUAGGCCCUUGGGUAAAAACCAUCCAGCCCCUGGACCGGGAUCCCUCAGGAUCUGCUGAGUCCCGUCCAGUCACCUGCCUCCAGAUUGAGGUUCAAAUCUAGGCUCCCCCCACCCCAACUCCACCCUCCCACCAGGCCCUGUUUCCUCCGCUGAGAUACAGCGGGGUGGGGCCCACGGUAGGCUCCCACUAUGUUGUGCUCCUUCCCAGCACAGGGCUUAUUGAUCAAAUGAACAAAAGGACAGAGAUACACGGUGGGUCUUGGAAGAGGAUUCGGCCUGCCCCUCCUGCUUGGGGUGGGAGCAUCAUGGGAUCGGGGCACUGAGGGAGGAACUGGUGGGGACCCCGGGUCACCGGGUCUCAUCUGGGGCACCCCCUGCGCCAGCAGAGCCCCGCUGCCCUCUGACCCGAGUGUGGGGGAUGGCACCCAGCCCUGCCCAGGCAGCCGUGUCAGUCAGUCACCUGGGCACCUGGCCGGCCCUGCCUGGUCUUCCCUGCAGUCCAGGUGAGGGGUGAGUCGUUCGCCACCAAGUGGCAGGACCCACAUGACAAGCAGUCACUGGGGGCCUGAUUCAUAGCUUUCCAGGAAGUGGUUAACGGGAUCCCAGAGCCCGGGGCUUGGUGAGGUCUCCUGGCUGAGUCACGGUGGCCCCUGGAGGAAGGAGCCGUUACUGAGCCUUUCUGGGCAGCCCCCUUCUCCCCAAGGCCUUGGGACCUCGCCAAGACCCCUUAUCCUAGCCUUCAGCUUCUGCAGGCCCAGGCCCCAGGCCCUCCCUUCAGCACCCAAACUGGGGCUUUUGCAAUGUCAGUGCCACUGGCCUAGACCUCUGGGUCCGGGUUCUGCUCCUCCAGAGGGUAGAUCCAGGGCCCACAGCUGGAGCCAGGGUCCUGAGCUCCCAAACCAGAUCCCUGAGUCCACUGCUCCAGGGCAGAGGGAGGGGUCUGGAGGGGUCUUAGCUAGAGCCCCCAUUCCCCUUAACGGCUCAUUUCCUCCCAGUAGUCCCACCCCUCCUGUGACCUAUAGCCUGGGGUGGCAGGGACUGAACCACUCACUCAGUUGGGGGACUGGUCCAACAGCAUUCCACCUCCCAGGAUAAAACCUCGGGUGACCUGUAGGGAACUCCACACACCCUGUCACAGGCAGGACUGCUCUCCCAGCCGUGCGCCUGUGCCCCUGCUGGCCAUGGUAGUUUCCAGAGCUCCCCCAGCCCUGGGUGGGGGCGGUCUCAGGAUCUUAACCCCACUGCUGCUUCUGACUUCUGCAGCUUCCCUCCAUGCUGCCAGGAUACCUGCUCCCCCGACCUGUGGGAAGCCGCAGCGGCUGAACCGGAUCGUGGGUGGCGAGGACAGCAGCGAUGCCGAGUGGCCCUGGGUCGUGAGCAUCCAGAAGAACGGGACCCACCACUGUGCGGGCUCGCUGCUCACCAGCCGCUGGGUGGUCACUGCCGCCCACUGCUUCAAGGGCAAUCUGAACAACCCAUCCCAGUUCUCUGUGCUGCUAGGGGCCUGGCGGCUGGGGAACCCUGGCCCGAGGUCCCAGGAGGUGGGUAUCGCCUGGGUUCGGUCCCACCCCGUGUACUCCUGGAGAGAGGGCUCCCGUGCGGACAUCGCCCUGGUGCGCCUGGAGCACUCCAUCCGCUUCUCUGAGCGAGUCCUGCCCAUCUGCCUGCCUGAUUCCUCCGUCCACCUCUCUCCGAACACACGCUGCUGGAUCGCAGGCUGGGGGAGCAUCCGUGACGGAGUGCCCCUGCCCCAUCCCCAGACCCUGCAGAAACUGGAGGUUCCCAUCAUCGACUCAGAAAUCUGCGGCCGCCUAUACUGGAGGGGAGCAGGGCAGGGGGCCAUCACUGAGGACAUGCUGUGUGCGGGCUACCUGGAGGGGCAGCGAGAUGCCUGUCUGGGUGACUCCGGAGGCCCCCUCAUGUGCCAGGUGGAGGGCACCUGGCUGCUGGCGGGCAUCAUCAGCUGGGGUGAGGGCUGCGCAGAGCGCGACCGGCCUGGCGUCUACAUCAGCCUGGCUGCCCACCGCUCCUGGGUGAUGCGGAUCGUGCAGGGGGUGCAGCUACGUGGGCACUCGCAGGGGAGCGGGCCCUCCCCUGGCCUUGUGCCUUAGGAUCCAGGGAGAUGGGAGGCCGCCAUUGUAAGUGAGCCACCUGCCUCCCGGGGGCGCCUGCGUGCCGGCACCGCUGCCUCUGCAGCAAGGCCCUGCCCCACCCGCAGGAGCACCUUUCUAUGUGUAUAUAUGUUAACGAUUUUUACAGUUAUUUGUAGCCCUGCCCGUAUAUCUUAUUUAUUCUAAUUUCAAUAAAUUAUUUAUUCCCCUGUU